GAUUAAGAUCAGACAUCUAGCACCGUUCCGACCGAAUGAGACCCUCCCUAACUAAGAAGAGGGAGAUUUUGUGUUUUGAAAGAGGUUGAAAAUCAUCAAGCUGGAUCUGAAUCAAAGCAGAGAAUGUGCAUAGCUGCUUUCCUAUGGAAAUCUCACCCGCUCUACCCAUUUCUUCUCUUCCUCAACCGGGACGAAUACUAUGACAGGCCCACGAAGCCUCUGGGGUGGUGGGAGGAGGGCGACGGCGAGAUCGCCGGCGGGAGAGACGGUUCUGCCGGCGGCACUUGGCUAUGCUGUAACACCAGUGGGAAAGUUGCUUUCCUUACCAACGUCCGGGAGGGGGUCGAUCCCUCCUCUUCUCCAGCCAAAAGCAGGGGUGAGCUCCCUGUUCGCUUCUUAAAGAGUAAUAAGAGCCCUCAUGAUUUCGCCGAGGAACUCACGGGAGAAGCUGAGCUUUUUGGCGGGUUUAACCUGGUGGUGGUUGAUCUAUGUUCCAUGACCAUGCUUUACAUAACCAAUAGACCAAAGGGCAAAGGUUUCUUAGUUACAGAGGUAUCCCCUGGCAUCCAUGUCUUGACUAAUGCAACAUUAGACUCUCCAUGGCCCAAGGCUCAAAGGUUACGGAGAGGUUUGAAGAUGGUUCUGGAGGAAUACGGAGAGUCCGAAAUUCCAGUGGAGUCAACAGCAAAAGAGCUGAUGCAAGACACGACAAGAGACGAGGACGAAAAUGACCUUCCCGGGAUCCUCUCGCCCGAAUUUGAGUUCCAAUUGAGUUCCAUAUUUGUUGAAAUAGAAUCGCCUUCGGGGCGGCGUUACGGAACAAGAAGCACGUCCGCAUUGGCGGUGAACAAUUCCUCGGAGGUCAAGUUUUACGAGAGGUCUUAUCAUGUGAAUGGUCUGUGGGAGGAACAAACCAUUUCCUUCAACAUGAAGUUCUUGCUCUGUACUUGAAAAAUCACACCAAUAACAAAAGUUGUGGAGGCACCUACCCUUUCCAUAAACUGUGAGUGAACGU